AUGUGGGGUGUUUGUGGGUACUAUUGGCUGAGCCUUCUCGAGAGUUUCUGUCGAUGCUGUGGAAUCUGCGGAGCAAAGGUGCCCGUUUAUGGCCUGGGGUUCUUUGACCCUGCAAUAACAAAACCCGAAAACAAUCAUCCCAAUGGCCAAUCCCACCCUGAUCUCAUAAUGCGACUUUCGACUCUCCUCGCCUGCUCGGCACUGGGUGUUGGCCUCAGCAUGGCCCAGGGCUCGCGAUUCCGCCCUAACGUGCAAAGCACUAACAACCCACCUAACGUAACUUACACUGCACAAUUGCUGAACAAAACCACCACCGAUCUUCGUGGAAAUGUCAGCAUUACUUCUGGACCCGGUGGAGAGGGCGUGCUCAUCUCUGCUAUGUUCUCGGGCUUCCCAAAUGAGACAGAACAGGGUCCCUUCCCCUGGCACGUUCAUGCGCAACCUGUGAACGCGAGUGGGGACUGCCUCUCGGCUGGGCCCCAUCUUUCUCCCAACCUGCGCGCUGAUGCGCCGCCCUGUGAUCGAACAGACCUGGUGACCUGCCAAAGUGGUGAUUUGUCGGGGAAGUAUGGUGACAUCGGCGGUGUGAGAAACGGCACUGUUUGGACAACUGAAUUCUUUGACCCUUUCCUGUCAACAAAUCCUAACUCGACCUCCUUUGUCGGCAAUCGUUCCAUUGUUGUCCACCUAUACAACGGCACACGAAUCAACUGUGGCAAUUUCACGUUGAAUCCCAAUGGUUCCCAGGCUUUCCCACCUGUAUUCACUUUGCAACUCCCAGGUCGGAGUUCAAGUGGCGCUAGCCGAGUCGGUGCAGUCGCUCUCGGCGUGAUCCUCGCAAGCAUUAUCGCCCUUCUGUUGUAA